CAAUGACUGAGCAAAAGUUCAGUGCAGAGCAGAGCAUCGGUACUUGCCGGCGGAUACCUUUCGCAGGGAUAAAUAUAAACGGAAAUACAGCUAAUACAAAUAGGUAUUUGUGUUGAUAACAAAACAAAAACAUUAUCUUAAUAAUAUGGAUGCUAGCAAAACUGCACGAAUAUUCAUGCCAACGAAAAAUGUAAAUCUCUUGCUGAAAGAUCUGCCAGCCAAAGAACAAAUACGGAAUUACACGGAAGAACGCGAAUUGGGCAAUAAUAGUCGUCUGUUAAGCAGCAUGGAUCUUCAUGAUAGAUGUGAAACGUUGCUGCAGGAGAAGGAAGAACGCCUAACGGAAGAUGAGCUCGCAGACUUGUCCAUUAGGGGCAUUCCCAAUAAUCUAAGAAAAGAGCUUAAGGCAUCUCUUGGUGGUGAUCGAUCUAUCUCAAACAAAAUUAUUAAAAAAAUUCAAGAGGACUGUGCCAGCAAGAUCUCGCUACUUCCUGAGCUAAAAGAGUUCAGUGAACACGUUGCGGGACAAAUUAAGCAUUAGAAUUAGGUAUAUAUUUUAAUCAAUUGUUGCGGCCAUUACUUAAAUCGUAAUGCGCUCAAAAUAAAACACUUGAACGCUAACAGCCUGACAUAAA